CAAACGAGUACUGCAAGUCUCGGCUAUAAUGUCAACACUUCCUUCGGGUUUGAAGUCAAACUGCGACGUGAGCACCGAGCUGUGGAGUGUGUGUGCGGACAACUCAUCAACGCGGAGACACAGCGCGAGGGGUUUCCAGGAAACAAGAGAGAAGAAGUGUAUCGCCAGAGCGUCGACUGAGAGCAUCCAAACCGCUAAGAAUCUGCAGAUCAGACGGAGAACACUCCUGAAAAGCAAAGGCGAGUGGGUGAGCGCGCCGGAGAGUCAGGAUGAGUGUCGCAGUCAGCCCCGCUUCACGUCAUCCAUUUCCCUGAGGUUCCCGUCCACAAAGGGAGAGAAUUCCAGGGCAAACAUCCGCCUCGCUACAAAGCUAAGAGUUAAUGAUCUGCACACAAAAUCUGAUGAGGGAACAAAGGUAGCUGAUGGACAACGUCCAGAGUUUGGUGAGAAGGAUUUCCUGGUUGAUGCGUUAAGAGAGCCAACUGGUAGAACAGCUAAAGAUGAGGAUGUGCCAAAAUCAAGUAAAGACUCCAUCUCUUCAUGGGGAAACCAUGGUGCGAAUGCUCGACCCUCUGAUGGAGUACAGCGUGGCUUAGACCUCUGUGAUCGGGGUCAUCCUGCAAAUAUCUCCGCACAGGGACACUCCGCAGGUUUUGAGCACGUGUUGGAGCUACGAGUCACUGAGUGUGAAACCGCAGAGGGGCAAUCAGGACUUAAUUACCCUCUAGGACAGAAUGCAGAAGGAAAGUUUUGUCACAGGACUCUAAUCUCUUUUCGAGAGGAUUCUGGUUCAAAGGCUGACUCUGACUGCCAGGUCGAUGCAUGUUCUUCCUCAGCAAUAAACCAGGCCUUAUCGCUACCCUCGUUUCCUGCUUCUUCUGACAGCAAUAAUCUGAAAUCAGAUCUUAUCACUUCCAGUGCAGCCAUGUUUACUUCUACCAUAGUCUCUGUUCUUGCUCCUCAUUGGAGCGGACGCCUUAGGAGGCACAAACGAGGCUUUAGUGAUGUUGGGCCAGAUACUGCACAGAGUACAAACCAGUCUGCUUUGAGUCAGAAUGAACAGCAGCAACGUUUUCCCCUCCAACAGAUACAGGCGCAGAGUGGAGUCACCAGGAGUUCUGAUGAAUGGCAAAACGAAAGCUUUUCACACCUCUCUGAAUCAAAAUCACAAUUUUUGAAGACCAGCUCAGUGAGAAUGAACAAGCAUGCAGAGGACCAAAGAACAGAGUUUAUGAGGCCCCUGCAUGUGUCAAUGGACUCCAGUGAGGUGCCUAGACCUGCCAUGUCACUUCAAGUUCAUAACUACAGAAGGAUGGCACAGUCAGUGGAUCAAGGAGACUCCUUCUCUUCGCUAAGGUCUAGGCCAACCACAAGCACUUUGCUUUUGUCUUCCAGAAGAAUGAAUUCGAGAAAACCUAUUCCUCAAUCCUUUCAAAUGAACAGGCAGUUAUCCGCAUCCAUCAGCUCUCUAAAUUUACCAAGUAAAAGUAUAUUGAGGUCUUCCCAACCACAACUCAACCUUGUUUCCUCAAAUAAUCCAGCCGAAGAGACACUUCUGAGAAAAAACUUUCUUGCCUCUUCUGACCAACUUUCAGUCACACACAAACCUAAGGCCCUCUCUCCAAAUUGGGCAGAGAGAGACUUCUCAAGUAAGCAUCGUUAUUUAAUCACUGGGAAUUUUGACAAAACUCCUCCUACUACAGAUGAUACAACCAGGGAAAGACUGUUUUCGAACUAUACAAGAUUCAACCAAUCAGAGACGCUCAAAUCUGCUACGGAUCAUGGAGCAGUUGACCGGAGAAUCACUUCCACGAAAACUGUUCAGGAUUUUAGUUGUAGGAUCUCAGAAAGAUCUGGUAUGUUUUCUCCAAAGGAGAAUGCAAAUAGUGUAUUUGUUUUCCCACAACCCCUCCCAAACUUUAAUUCUGAUAGUGUACUUAAGAGACAGGUCAGCAAGAUAUCAAUGACGAGCACGAACCGUAAACCUAGCACUUUUGUGCAGUCUAACAUUAUCAACAAUAUGAACAACUCAAGCAUGACCAGCACUACGAACAGCUCAACUGGCCCCCGAACAAACCAUCCAUUUGCCACCAGUCCCUCUGUCAGUUUAACUCCAGCACCCAUGACGCAGGCUGACCAAAACAAUGUUCAGAACUCAAGCAAGCCUUCCUCAAGCCCUGUGAACUCUCUAAACAUAAGAACAUUUACAGAGAGUCUUAACUUCUCACCUUUGAAAGAUUCUGUUGAAGAAAGAAGUCCGUCUCAUUUAUGGUCAAAUUAUCUGAACUCUAAGAGACAGGAAAACGUGUCAAAUCAAAGCCCUUUAGAUGAGCAAAGUCCAUUAUCUACAUCUGAGUUUAAGCCCAGAAGAGUCUGUAUUCCGAGCAUCUACACAUACCUAAGGGAAACCAGUUCACCUAAAAGCACCCAGGUAUCUCCAGCAUUGAGCUCUCCCAGUCCGCAAAACGUAUCACUAAAGCAAAUACAGGAAGAAAAUAAAAAUUCAAGGAAACUGCAAUUUACUUUUGACUUAAACUCAUUCGAGUCACAAGAUCCCCCUUUAAAACCUGACUCCAGUUCUACCAGUGCACCACAAUCCCUGCCACCUGAUACUGGUAAAAAAACUGUGUCUCGUAUUAGUCAAUCCCCUUACUCCACCCUCAUCUCUACAAGAGAAGCAGUUAAGAGCAUUUCAUCUCCACCUGUGGGGCAGCAACACAGUAGAUCUUUAUCUUAUGGUAGUUCACCAGUAGAUGCUAAGUCUUCAAAGGUUGGGAAAAGAUCCUAUACUUCUGUCAUCAGAGACCGAAUGAAUCAAAGGAAGGUAUCACUGGGAGAGCAGGUGGGAGCUACCAAUAUCCAGCCUGCAGCAGAAACAGAUUCCGUUUAUCAAGAUCGCGUCUCGAAAAGCUCAACAGAUGCAAAGUUCCCAGACUGUCAAACUAACACCUUAAUCCCUACUGCUACACACCCAAAACAGACUGACAUGAGCACUACUGUCAUUACAAAUAUCCCUCAUGAGGAACAUAAUGGCAUAUUUUUGUCUUGGGGUGACAAAAAUAACACUUAUGCAAAUGACACGUUGAAUGCCAAAGAUCUUUCUUUUUCAUUAGGCCCAUCCCUAGUCAGUGAGGAGAUGCAAAGAGAAGCCCUAACAGGAACCGCACAAACAAAUCAAACAUUCCAGGAAAGUCAGAGUUCUAACUCAAAGAAGAGCCUCUUUUCAAUGAGAAGUAAGAAAGAGAAUGCUCUGUCCUCAUCUCCUUCAGCGAGCAAAGAGGGUUUGGCUGUCAAAAAUGGUGAGAUGACAGGAGUUAAAACCAAGAAAGUGGAUCAAGUAUUAAAUCGGUUAAGGCAAACCUUUGGGGGCAGAUUUUCAGAAGACAGUGACAUAACAAAUAAGAGAAAGACUAAAAAGGAGGAGGCUUUCAAUAUUAAGGCUUUUGAAAGUGUUAAGAAAGAAAAAGAAAGUGAUCAUCUGACUGUUACUAGACAGAUUAAACCUGAAGAGGUUUUAGACGUGAAGACUUCUGAAAGAGCUCGGAAGCUAGACAGAACGGUAAAUCAGACUGUUAGGACGCAGGCUAAACCUGAAGAGGUUUUAGACAUCAAGGGUUCUGAAAGAACUAGGAACCUAGACGAAACAGUUGAUCUGACUGUUAGGACGAGGACUAAACCUGAGGAGAUUUCACACAGAAAGACGACUGAGAGAAAUAGAAAACGAGACCAAACGGUCGAUAUGACCUUUAGGACGCAGACUAAACCUGAAAAGGUUUUAGGCAUCAUUGAUUCUGAAAGAACUAAGAAACUAGACCAAAUGAUUGAUUUGACAUUUAGGACACAGACUAUACCUGAAAAGGUUUUAGACAUCAAGGAUUCUGAAAGAACUAGGAAGCUAGACCAAAUGGUUGCUAUGGCUUUUAAGACGCAGACUAAACCUGAAGAGGUUUUAAACAUAAAGGCUUCUGAAAGAACCAGAAAGCUAGACCAAACAGGUGAUCUGACCUUUAGGACACAGACUAAGCCUGAAGAGGUUUUAGACAGCAUGGCUUCUGAAAGGACUAAUUUGGUAGAUCAAACAGAUGAUUUUACAGUCAGAAGAAAGAUUAACAAUAAGACAUGCUUAGACAUUAUGACUUCUAAAACCAGGAGGAAAGCAGAGCAGAGGCUUUCUUCGAUUCAAACUGUAAAAUCUCCCAACUCGCCAAAAACUCUUACAAAAACAAUCACCUUUAUGACAGAUCCUUGUGACUCUUCUAGCACCAAAUUAGAUUUCAGACAUGAAAAACAAGAUACCUCAUCAGAUAAUGACAAUCACAAAAGACUAGAGGAGGAAAGGAGAAAUCAACUCCUAGCUAAACCCCUUAGCCCUAACUGGCUUGCGCCAGACAAUAUCAACUUCUAUGCGACACUGCCUCUGGGCAAAAGAUCCAGACUUGGUCCUUCUCCAACACUUUCUCCAUAUGAAUGUUUUUCAGAAGAUGAACAAAGUGAUAACGUGUUUUUCAGCAACGUCCUAACAAAGAAAAAAAACACUUCUUUUGGUGAGUCAGAAAAUGUUGCUCAACAAAACAACAGUGUAAAAAUUUGGGAGCAGAAGUCGUCAGGUGUAAAGGUGACCUCUCCCUGUGCUGAUCUCAAGUAUGGACUGCAUCGUGGACGAUCCGUCUCUGUUAGCAGUGUAGUUUCAGGGCGUCCGUCAGGUCCUGGACGAAUCUCGACAGGAUCGAGGCAAAGCAGCAUCAGUGACUUGAGCAGCCUAGAUGGCUUUGUGCCUAAGAGCCGACAUUCAAGCAUGAACAGUCCAGUCGGUUCACCUGAGAACCAGAUUUCUUAUAAGGGACCUUCAGGACGGUUAUCAUCAGAGGGUCUUCUCAGGAGCCCAGAUAACCUGGAGGCCAUCUCAUUUCUGUGGGACAUGGAAACAGAUCCAACACCGCCCUCUUCUCCACCGUAUGCUCGACGUAUGUCCCAGGUCUCCAGCCCAUCUUCAGCUAGCAGCUGGACCUCGCCAGAUAGCUCGUCUCCUCGUGGAUUUCUGCCUUCCAGGACCUACAGGUCCACAUUGUCUGCUUUCAAGGAGUCGGGUUCAGAGUCUACUACUGACGAUGAAUACUAUCUCAACAGCGAUGAUGACGAUGAGAAAGAAACAGAACUUUAGUGGAUAGUGAAUGAAGUGGAUAUUAUUUGAGUGGUUAAGGUUUUUGUAUAUGAAUGUUUUGUAUGCUGUAUGUGCACUUUGAUCAAUCUUGCUCAGGAACAAAACACAAUAACAAUGUUAUUAUAAACAACUUUAAAUCAUAAGAAAAUCUUUAUCAUGAUCGGACGAGUGAAUGUAAGACAAUGAAAAUGAUCGCUUGAUAUUAACAAGCUGAAGCACUUCUCCAUGCUCCUGUUUAAACUUGCCCUGGCUUGGUUAAUUGCUUCAACCCAUGCGGUGCAUUUGAACCUGUUUUCAGUUUGAGAUUGUUAUUGAUAAUCAAUUGUGACCAUUUCUUGCACUGUAGAAGCACAAAUGAUAUUCUGGUUGUUUAUUUUGUGAGAUGUGUAUAAGAAGCUUUUUUUAUCGAUCGUUGUACACCAGCUGCUCUUCUUAUUGCGCCAUUCCUUAAAGUAGUGUAAAUACUGAAGAAUUUUAAUAAAAGCAGAAAAGAUAAAAAUAAUAUUUUUUUAUUCGGAACCACAAAUAUAUUUUCUCAACCCUGAGCUUUCUCAACUAGAAUAAAUGAAAUCUAAUGAAAGUAAACCAUGCUUGAC